AAAAAUACUGUCGACCAAGAUUAAUCAUAUUGAACUUCAAGCAUGAAGAGAAUAAUCUUGUUGAUAUUUUUCCUCUCUAUAACUUUAACUACAGCAUCAGAGAAUUCAUGCGACUACAACGAGGAUUGUGACCCAGAAAAAUAUUGUGACAAUGGUGAAUGUAAGACAGGAUGUCGUACAGAUGAAAGUUGUUCAGAAAACGAAGUGUGCCUGCAUGGAAAGUGUGAAAUUGGUUGUAGAUACGAUUAUCAAUGCAAAUCAGAUGAAUUUUGUGAUUAUGACACUUCAAAGUGCCGAACUGGAUGUGCUUCAGAUGAAAGUUGUAUGUUAGAAGAAUAUUGUGAUGAUGACACACGAGAAUGUAUUCAAGGUUGUCGAUCUGAUUACAAUUGCAAGGAUGAAAACUAUUGUAAACUUGACACAAAGGAAUGCUUGCCUGGAUGUCGAUCAGAUUUUAAUUGUGGAAAGAAAGAAUAUUGUGACUUUGAAGAUAGACUUUGUAAAGCUGGAUGCAGUAGUGAAAUUGCUUGUGAAGAUCAUGAAUAUUGUGAUUAUCACAUCCAUAAAUGUAAUUCAACUUGUGCUGAUUCUAAUUGUGGUGACAAUUCGAAAUGUUCUACAUCCAAUCACAGACAAUAUUGCUCAUGUUAUGAUGGAUAUUUCCCACAAAGAGAUCUUGGAUGUAGACCUAGAACUGAAGCUGAUAUUUAUGAUAAUAGAAACUGCUCACUUUAUUGUGGACCUUAUGGGAAGUGUUUAUUCAAAGACAAUAUAAUUUAUUGCUUCUGUAAUGUUUUAAGUGCUCCAUUGGCAAAUCCAUACAUUGAAUGUCCUUCAAAAUUUAGAAAACUUUCAUUAAAAUCUGCAAAAACUCUCAUGUAUGGCUGA